AUGCUGCCGGUUUCUCGUUAUGCGCUAGAGGGCUUGAGCGAAUGCGUUGCAUGCCAACCGGCGUAUGGGUAUGAUCCCCCUCCGUUUUACAACGAUGUUGGUCUCUCUCUCUCUCUCUCUCUCUCUCUCUCUCUCUCUCUCUCUCUCGCUCUCUCUCUCUCUCGCUCUCUCUCUCUCUCUCUCUCUCUCUCUCUCUCUCUCUCUCUCUCUCUCUCUCUCUCUCUCUCUCUCUCUCUCUCUCUCUCUCUCUCUCUCUCUCUCUCUCUCUCUCUCUCUCUCUCUCUCUCUCUCUCUCUCUCUCUCUCUCUCUCUCUCUCUCUCUCUCUCUCUCUCUCUCUCUCUCUCUCUCUCUCUCUCUCUCUCUCUCUCUCUCUCUCUCUCUCUCUCUCUCUCUCUCUCCCUCUCUCUCUCUCUCCCUCUCUCGCCAUGUUCAUAUUGUUAUUUAGGGAUAUGCAGACCUCCCUUGCUUGGGCCCGUUCCCUUCCGCACGUCCCCUCUCUUAGGCUCCCCCACUUUCCCCUUCUUUAUUUGUUCUUAUACGCUCCAUUCUUCGCCGUGCCCUUUAGGGCCUACUUUCAAUGA